AUGACUCCACCUGCGUCCAUAGAUAUACCUCCCCUUUCUUUGUUCACUGCGUCAUCUACUACACGACACGACAUAUCCCCGACAGAUCGAGAUCAGUCUUUUACUCGGGCUUGGAACAGAGAGGCAAGACAGUUUCAUCGGCGGUAUCAAGAGACACGGAGACAGAGACUGAAAGGCAGAGACGGAGAGAUGGACCUGGAAAUGGGGAGAGCAAGAGAUAAAGGUGGAGGGCAAGCCAUUGUGUAUCAUGCCACUUGCUCUUCUCGAGACGGUAUGAAUAGACAGGGAGCUGGGCUAGGCUCUGGACUAGGAGGACGUUCUCACCCACAUUCUGAUUUUCAAUUUCCUGCACGUUCUCGAUCUCGGUCACACUCGCGCUCGCGCUCAAGAACUCGGUCUUCGUUUCCAGAUCAAGGGCAAGACCAACAAAAUGAGCAAUUGGAUGAGGAAUUUGAUGAAGAGAAUGUGGAAGAGCAAGAGCAAGAGGAAACUCGAUCUCAAUUGGGACGAAAGUGGAAUCAAUGGGCGGCAGCCGACAACAGCGAUACAGAGAGUACGAAUACGGAUGAUAGCUCGUCCGCUGGGCUGGGGAUCAACUUCUAUGAUCAUAUGGGUGUUGGGAGGAGAAGUGUUGUGUUUGAAAGUGUUAAGACGAGGGAUUUGGAAGAGAUGCUUGUGUAUGAACGAGGAGGAGAGCAUGAUGAGGAGGCAGAGGGAUGGAAUGAAGAAAGCGAAGACGAAGAGAUUGGAUACGAAGCACUUGAGGUUCUUUACCAACAAGGAAAUCCAGUUGGAAACCCAAAUUACAAGAACACAUACGCUGAGCAGCUCACCAGUAAUGGACACACGCUCCGAGCACAGUAUCAACAACAAGAGCUGCAAACGCCGUCUAUCUCAUCCCUCUACGACAAGACGCCGAGACCAUUCCAAGCUUCCCCUCAACCCCUAAAGUCGCCAGACACUAACAUCGAACUGCUCACACCGAAACUGCUUGCACCCAUUCAAGAUUCAGACUGGGACCACGAUGCGCCACUCGAUCUGAUAGACAAGUACCUGGAGCACAAUUACCGCGAGCAGGCUGAGACGUUCGUCAGGAUCGCGAGUCGAGAGACGCCUGUUCGUGCAUUGUUUAGUACGAGCAGAGCUGCUAGUAGCAGUGCCGGUUCCGGAUCACAGCCAGGAUCUCGCUCUCACUCCGGGAAUAAUCGUGAGAACCGGAGGAGGUCUGUGUUGGGAUUAAGUGCCAGUGCAAGUGGUGACAUUGAAGGUGACGGUGAUGCUGACAAUGACAUUGGAGUUGGGCUGGGAUUGGGGCUUGGUCUUGGCAUAGCCACAGUGGAUGAAGCACCUGCACGUCCAGUGGCUAAAUCGGCUGAAAUGCCCGUAGUGGAUCCGCCCAGCCAGUCGCCGAGCCCUGAAGGUGCCGCAGCCGGGUCGUCCAACACGAGGACCAACGACGACGAAACGUCGCCCUCUCCCUCUGUCGCUCUCAUCGUCUUCGAAGAUCAAAUUGAACAACAGAAGGAGAACGAAAGCCCCUCCGAGCAUCACUUGUUGAAUCUGCAGUUUCGAAACGGUCAGAAGUCGACUCUGACUCGCAGUACAAGCAGCUCAUCCAGUCUCUCGAUUCCGGUCCAGCCAGCAUCUAAGAUCCAACGAGCAAGCAACCUCAGAGCACAAAGAACAGGAAGCGGAUCCAGUCCCUCAGUCUCUCUGCCUUCCAGAUCACCCUCUUCUCCCUCGACGCUCGGCACAAGUCCACUCACCCUCCGCCAUUCCGGAAGUACACUGCGCAUCCCUCUGCACCUCACCUCGAAAUCAACGAUCGUAAAGCGCUCUUCUCGACCUCUGACCUCCUCCACGACAGCCACAAGUGCCACACCUACAUCGAAGUCCCGCCCCUCGAGUCAGAUUGCCCGCGGACCCGAAUACUUCACCCACGAAGAACGACUGUACAUAGCGAAACUUGUGCACGUUGAGGCGAGAAGUUGCGAGAGACAUACGAAUUGUAAGGAUUGUAUUGAUACAGAGUACGCGUACUACGAGAACAAGUUUUUGCCACGCAAUAUGGAUCCAGAGCAGAGACAGAAGAUUAUUAACAAUAAUCGGUCGUUGAGGAAUAUCAAGAAUGAACUGGAGAGCCUCGCCGAACAUGGAGCUAUCAGCGAUGAGGUCUACGACACCAUCAUGGCUGCUUUACCUGCAGAGUCCUCCCUAGGUGGAUCUGCUCACAGCAACCCUACGCCUGUCCAAGCACAAGCACAAGCACAAGCUCCCGCUCCAGCCCAGGCACCUACCAAUGCUUUCAACAACAUGCGUCUCAAUGACCCUCCUCCACCAGCAUAUACCACACCCGCUGCUCCCUCUCUACCAAACCGGGCGCCUUCUGCUGCCCCUGCGAAGCCUGAAAUCGCUCGUGCUACGGCGUUGUACAGAUAUGCAGAGCCAGAUGACUGUACCUUUGAGCCCGGUGACCAGAUCGCCGUACACGAGUACAUGAACAACGACUGGUGGCUCGGCCGCAACCUCCGCACCGGGAAAGAAGGCGUCUUCCCCGUAAACUACGUCCAAGUCAUCCCCUCCCAACCCCAAGGACCACCCAGCAUGCACGGCGCCUACGGCAACGAGAAAGCCAACUACAACAACGCAUAUCCAGGCCAGUAUCAACCACAGCAACAAGGUCCUCCCCCUCCAGGCCCAAGCAACCCAUAUGACAGCUCCGUCCCACCUAUGGCUAUUGCUGAGGAACCAAGUAAGCCUGGUAAGGGUCAGGAGAUGGGCAAGAAGUUUGGGAGGAAGCUUGGGAAUGCGGCGAUUUUUGGUGCCGGUGCUACGAUUGGUGGGAAUAUUGUUAAUAGCAUCUUUUAG